AUAACUCAAAAUGGCGGAUGGUUCUAAUUCUAAUCCGUUCGUUGAGGACGAUGGAGAUUUUAUUGAGAAUGAGCUUGAAGAAAAGGCUUCAGAAAAGUCUCCUAGUUCGGACUGUACAGAUAUUUCUUGGGAUAAUAUUGCCGUGAAGCUCUUACGCGAUAAUUUUGUUCUUACUGCUCUGGAGUUACACACUGAGCUGGUUGAAUCCGGACGUGAACUACCCAGAUUGCGAGAUUAUUUUUCGAAUCCGGGAAAUUUUGAACGAACAAAAGUCGAGACAUCAUCCCCGACACUACAAAGAACUUCGAGUGUUCAUACUUUGGAUUCCUUGGAUUUUGCCCGAUACUCUGAUGAUGGCGAAAGACAGGUCGAUGAACGUAUGGCAGUUCUUGAAUUUGAAUUGAGAAAAGCUCAUGAAACUAUUAAAGGACUUCGUGCAACUCUUACAAAAGAAACUGAACUUGCCUCUCCAGAACAAGGCCGAGAAGGUUUGAUCCCAGGAGGUAAAGAAGAAAUUAUUAAACUUUUGGAAAAGAAAGCACUUAACUUUUUAGUUAAUGAAUAUCUGUUGCUCAGUAACUACAAACUCACAUCUGUGACAUUUUCUGAAGAAAAUGGAGAUCAGGAUUUUGAAGACUGGGAUGAUGUUGGACUCAAUAUACCAAAACCUCCAAGCUUGUUAUAUCUGUUCCGAGAUUAUGGCACUCGUGCAUUUCCCUCUAUAGAAACUUAUGAUGUUGGUUGUUAUGUCAAUUUAGAAAACGAACAUUUAAUUGAUUUACAAACAAAAUGGAAAAGUAAAAAAGACAAUUUAGAGAGUAAAAUUUUUCAAUUGGAAAAUGAAAUUAUUGAAAUUAACAAACAGAAAGAUGAAUUGAUUUUGCAGCUUAAUGAAUGGAGGCAAAAUGCUUCAUCCCCUGAGAACACAUCUAUUCCAAACCAUUCUAGACAGCUAUCCUGUGAGAAUUCACACCCAGAUCCUGCCAAUAUUGAAAAUGCAGUCAACACAGUUUUGGAUGGCAUGAGUGACCAGGGAUAUUAUGAACAGCAGCAUUUAAACCCUAAUGAAGAUGAGAGGACUAUACCACCAUCAUUUGAAAAGGCUUUGCUAGAAACAACAUUGAAUUUAAUAAAAGACCAUCGAAUAGUAUCUGAGGUAUCAAAGAUUUCUGAUUCAAAUUCUGAAACAAUUAUUCUAAUGUUGGCUCGGUGCUUACCUCAUAUAGUUCCACAUGUACUCUUGGCUAGGAGAGAGGAGUUAAUACCACUCAUUUUGUGCACAACUGUGUUACAUCCAGAUGUAAAAGAACGGGACAAGCUUCUUAAUAUUCUUUUUAAUCUAAUCAAAAAACCCAAUGACGAUCAAAGGCAAAUGAUAUUAAGAGGAUGUGUGGCUUUUGCAAAACAUGUUGGUCCUGCACGUCUGGAAAAUGAACUCCUACCACAAUGUUGGGAACAGAUUAGUCAUAAAUACCCAGAACGAAGACUCCUUGUUGCUGAAGCAUGUGGUGCGCUGGCUUCAUAUCUUCCGAAUGAAAUUCGUAGUUCUCUUGUGUUGUCCAUGUUGCAACAGAUGUUGACUGAGGACAAGGAUGAAGCUGUUCGAGAGGCUGUAGUGAAAAGUCUAGGAAUUCUUUUUAGUUUUAUCUGUGAUACUGAUAAAUAUGGUCAGGGUUUUGAACUGCUGAAAAUUUCCCUAAAUGAUGAUUCUGAGAAAGUGUGCUGUGCAGCUCGUCAAGUGUUUCUGCCAUCUUUUGCUUUGUGGGCUGUGCAUCUCCAUAAGCUGGAGUAUGAAUUGCUCCACUCUUUCCUGCGAGAACUGGAGGACCUAGUUAAGGCUAAAGGUUUGCUGAUAGAAGCUACAUCAUUGGAAAAUCAGAGUGCAUUAGCUGUUCAGAAGUCAAACAGCAGCAUCACUUUACCUAUUCACGAAGGAAAAUUUGCAUCUCUGGUGUCGACACUUGAAGAAUUAGUACCAUUCCUUUUUAUAUCUGUUAUACGAACUGGUCCAUAUAUUGAGAAAAUAUCACAUAACAAUGAAGAAGUUCCUGAAAUUGAUGUUUUCAGAUUUCCAAAACCAAGCUCAGAUUUAACAGAUCUACGAGUAAUUUUUGGGAAUGUUAACCAGUUGUCUGCUUACAUAGAACAAUAUGAAGAACAUAUUUCCCAAGAAUGGUUUGAACCAUGGGAACAGUUUAAUUGGGUUGUGAAAAAUCUAAUACCUCGACUACAAGAAGUUGUUUCAGGUGUUGGAUUAACCAUUCCAGUCUUAAUCAGUAUACUUUCCAAAUACUUUUACAGAAUAUGUCGGACAUUUGGCAGAACUUUUGUAGAUAAAAUGGUGAAACCUAAAUUUCAAGAUCUCUUAGUUAUACCUGAAGGGGUAGAUAACCGUGUGACAAUAGGGCAAACAGCCUUAACAACUUGUAUUGUUCCUGUGUAUGCUGCUGGUGUUUUGUGUUCUUUUAAUUCAGAUGAUGAUCAUAACCAGUUGUUUAGAUUCCUUCAAGAUGUUGUUACAACUUUGGCAAUUUGUCAAGCACCAUUAGAUAGUAUACAGGCUGCAUUCCAAGAACUUAGUGCCUGUACAAGUAAUCAUGAAAUACUUCUCGGUGUAUUAUGGGAAGCAGUUGUACACAAAUUAGCUUUAGUCCGUGUUGCUGCUGCUCGACUGUUUGAGUUACUUAUUCAGGGUGUCAGUGAAACUUUAAUAUCAACCCGCGUUGUUCCAGGACUCGUUACUUUGGCAAAUGACCCAGAGGUUUCUGUAAGAAUUGCUACAAUACCUGGAUUUGGAACCAUCCUAGAAAAUGUUACUCUACGAGAGAUGUUGGAUAGGGUUUACAUGCAGCUACAAACAUUCUUAGAUGACCCUGUAUACCGAGAUCAACAUACUGUACAAAUGGAAAUUAUUCGAACUUUUGCUCGUGUAGGACCAAAUGCAGAGCCUCGUUUCAGAGAUGAAUUUGUGCUCCCACGCCUGGCUGCCAUGGCUCUUGCUAAUAACAGUUUAACUAACGAAAUCAAAAAGACCGAUGUUGCUCUGCAGCUUUUUGAGGCCUACAGCGCCAUGUCUUGUUGCUUCAUCAAUGAUCAGUUGGUGCAGGAAGCCAUGCUACCUGGAUUACGGUACCUUCGCCAAGACUUAUCACAGCUUGCUCCCGAGAGAGAGGAGGUGAUGAGUUCUAUGAUCAAAGAAUAUGAAGCAAAGCUAGAUGCAUCAAAAUCUUUAGAAAGGAGUCCUAGUCAGUCAGUAUCUCCGACCCCUGGUGGAAAUACUGAGGAUGUCAGAGCAAGAGUAAUGAGCAAAAUCAAAGAUACAACUUCAAAGGCUCACAUUCCUAAUAUCUUCAUGCGUAAGAAGUAGCCUAUAACUAUGUUACCAUUCCCAGAAUUGCCUCUUUAUCUUCUUCUUUACAAAUAGAUAAAGUUGUUAGCACAAAUUAAAAAAGAAAAUCAUGAAAUAUUAAUUAAAAACUUUUCUUUUGUCUGUGAAAUAAUGGCUAACAUUAUAAUAAAUAUUUUAUUCUAUUAUUAGCCAAAAAAAUCAUGAUUAUAUCGAAAUAUUCAACAUAUAUGGUGGCCUCUACACUUUAAAAAAAAUCUUUUUCUCCAUUCUCAUAUGAAAAAUUUUCUUUGUUAUAUUUAAUGAUUUUGUUUUUGUUUAUUUAACUACUGAUGUCUAAGGUAAUAUAAUAAUGUAACAAUAAGGAAAAGGAUAAUAGUUAUGCAUAUUAUAAUAUAAAUAAAACUUAGAUGUCAAAGAAAUUGUUCCAAUAAAGUAAUUUGAAAAUAAAAAAGCAAUUUCAAUUGGUUUGUUUCUUGCUUGAGAAAAUGCUAUAGGAAAAGGGCAAAAUAACAGUUCUAUGUAUAUGUAUACAUCUAUAUAUAUAUAAUUUUUAGUGGAAAAAAGGGAUCAUUGAGUAAAUAGUUGUUUGAAAGCCUUGUUUUAUUUUACUUUUACUGAUUAGAUAGUAACUGUUAAAGAACUUUGGAAAUUAACUCCAUAUAUUAAAUUCUUGUCUACAACACUUAGACUACUUCAAAUUUUUACAAGAUUUUGAUAAAAUUUAUUCAGAGUGUUGUAUUUUUCUCCUAAAUUGAAUGUUCAACAAUGUGACACUAAUUUAUUUUUGUGAUCGCAUCAACCAGCUUGGUUUAGUCAAUACAUAAGCCAUUUUUUUUUCUUGUUAUUUGUUCAGGUUAAGGAAAGCUUUUUUUUAAAAAAAAUACAAAGUCAAAUUGCUAUUCAAAGUUUACUGUUUUCUUAGGCUUCAGAUAUAAAUGCACACAAAGUGUAUACAUAUUGGUAGCUACGCCAGGCAUCUUAAUUCAGACAUUUUGUCUUUGUAAUAGUUUGAGAGUUUCAUUUUUAUAUUUCUUCUUUUUCUUUUAAUCACAUCUGUAUUAGGAAACUGAAAUUUAAUUACUUUUUGUAGAUCCUUAUUUAGACUUUGAAUAUUACCAUUAAGUGUCUUUAGAAUACAUUUCUGCAAAAAAUGAAAAAAAUCAAAGAAAGAAAAACAAAUUAGAUUUUUCUACACUUUUUAUGAUUUAAAAUUUUCUAAUUUACCAUAAUUUUCCAAUCUUGUCUUCCCUAUGUUUUUUUAAAAUUAGUAUUUGUAGCAAUGGAAGUUUUGCACAAACUACCUUUUUUAAUACUAUUCUUCUGAAAAUGGUUGUAUCUUUUAAUUGUACUUUGUACUCUUUUGUCUGUCUCCAUUUAUCAUUCUACAUCGAUGGGUUCUAUAUAAUAUAGCUAAAUUGUGGUUUAAUUCUUCUGCUAACCCUUGCUUUACAGUCCUAAAUUCUUAUAUACUCUUCUUUGGUAUCUAUUAUUUUUUUGUAUGAUUCUCUAUUGAUAUUUUGGGGGAAAUAUUCUACUUCUAACUUGGAUAAAACCAAUUUGAUCAAGUUUAAUUAUAAGUUGAUAUUUAAAAAAAAUUUCUAAACCAUUUUAUUAGAUUAAUUCUAUUAACUGGUUUCAGUAUUUAAACGUUACAAGGGCAGGAUUUGGUAGAAAUAGUAAAGCCUUUCAGUGUUUAGUUUUGUUCCUCUGAUUUCUGGUUUCAAAUCCUGCUGGGGUCGACAUUGCCUUUCAUCUCUCCAGGGUUCAUUAAAAUAAGUACCAGUCACAUACUGUGAAUACAUUGGUUGGUCUAUUAAUUACCCCUUCCUUUUUCGCAAAUUGGCAAUGUGCCUAGAUAAAAAGAAAUUACUAUUUCAAAGUUAAAAAGCAAAAUAAUAAUAAUAAUAAUAAUAAUAAUAAUAAUAAUAAACAUUUAUUCGUUUUUCUUUCUUCAGUUCUUUAUAAUUACUAAAUUUUUUUAGCCACUUUUUUUUAAUGACAAGGACUGGUAAUGUGAACAUUCAUGAUGUAAAAUCUACCCUUCCCCUUUUCACUUCUAUAUAAUCAUUCCCUACAAUAUUGACAGCUGACAUUCAUAGAUGAAAUUUCCUCUUUUUUUUCUUCUUCUUCUAUCAAUACAGAUAUUCAUUCCUUACUGAAAUCAAUGUUGACAUAAUACAUUGAAACACUUCUCUUAAAACUGAAAUGGUUAGUGCAUUUUAAUAGGAAUAUUCUGUAUGCCAUUAUUGAUUUGUUGUACUGACUGUGGACAUUUUUACUCUCCCCUUUUUUCCCCCUUCAUUUCUCCUUUUCUUUCUCUUCAACUCAUUAGUUAGGAUUUUAGGCUUUAAUUUACACAGAGAUCAGAACAGUUUGUGAAAGUGAGCAAUCAUUAACCAUUUACAGCUGAUUUUAAUGAUGCGUACUGCAACCUUCAAAAUCUCUGCAAGACUAUUAAUAUAGAAUCAAAAAAAAGAAUUACAAUAUUGGACUUUUUUUUCCCUUUUUGUUUAUUAGAUGGUUACUGCAUCCUCUGCUGAGGUGAUAUUUUAUGGGUUUCACAACCAAGCUGAGCCCAUUUCUUUCCAGGUGAUUUAUUGUAAACUAUUUAGACCAAAGCAAUUUUGUAUGACAUAUUAGGUUUCCCAUUUAAUCUCAUGAACUCAGAAUAGAUAAUGAAUAAGUGCCUGCAUGUUAAUGCCUUGCUUAAUUAUCCUCUCAAACUUCCGGAUAUUAUAUUUCUAUUUAUAAGAGACAUAGCUCUGUAGAUGAGGAAUAAUACGAAACAAUGGUUGUCAUUUCCUUCAUAUAGCUAUUUUUGAUUUGAAUGAAAUUGUUCCAAGAAAGUGCAUAUAAAUACACACUCUAGAAUGGGAGUUUAAAUCAUUGUGUAUACACUCGCACACAUGCACGUGUCCACACACACACAUACAAACACACAUUCAUACACAUAUAAACAUACAGAUGCAUGCAUGAACAUGCUAUAUACAAUCACAUGCACAUGUCUGUCUUUAUAUAAAUGAUAUGAAUUAAAUAUUCUAAGACUUGUGACAAAAAAAAAAAUACAAAUUUAAAUUUUUAAAAAAAUUAUUAUUUACUUGAGUAUGUAUGAUUGUAUAUCUUGUAUGUAUGUUGGCCUGCAAAAUCUCAGAAAUAAUAUUUGGUUAUUUAGUUUAAAGUAUUUAUUCCUUUUAAAAAGUAUCAAUAUCCAUUAGUAAUUUUCCAAAAAACAAAAAAUGAAAAAACAAGCUGCUUUUAGAUAGAGAAAUAACUUUUUUUUUUCAUAGAUGUUUCAAUAAGAAAAUGUACUAAUUUUAUACAACAAAAUUGCUGGCUUCUUUUAAAAUUAUUAUUCUGGAAUAAAAACAUUGAAAAUUACUUUAAAAAAAUUUUAUUUCUUUGAUUUUUACUCAUCUCAUUUUCCAAACAAAACAAAACAAAACUUGGUCCAUAGAGUUUUUCUUUCCAAUCUAUUUUUCCAUUUUCUUCUGUCUAUGAAAUGUAAACAUAAUUAAAUUGCAUUUAAACCUAAAUUAUUCAAUGUCUGAAUUUAAUUCAAAAGUACUAGAAAAGAUUAAAUUUAAUUAAUUAAAAACAAGAUGCCUCAAGUUUCUUAUACAAUAACAAAAAUAUAGAUUAUAUCGUAUUAGUGUUCUGAAAAUGAUUAUUGGAUAAAACAAGAAGAGCAAUUUAGCUUGUUAGUUGGUACAAAAUGAAUUUAAGACUUUUACAGUGUUGUACUUUUUAUCAUGAAUACAACAAUAAAGAUAAUGGCUAGCAUUCAUCUUAAGUAUUAAUGACAAAAUAAGAUUACUUCUGUUGAAGAAAUUAACAAAUAUACCCUAAAUAAUUUUCACAAUGUAAUGCGUUCUUUAAAGUACAUAGAGAGCAUCCAAAGUUCUUAACUGAUUUUGUUUAAUACAACCAAGAUAAAAUAUCUUUUAAAAAUUUCUAAGAUAUUAAAAUUUCGAAUAACACUAAUUUGAAGUUUUAAUUUUAUGAAAAUGAAAAUAAUAUUAUUUUUAACUUAGUAGUAAACUGAUACAAGUAUCAUAGGUGAUAACUACUUCUCUGGAAUUUUGUUAAAAGUGAUGCCAAAAUUAUGGUAGGGGAGAAAACAAAAAUCUGAGAUAUUUGCUUCAGAUUCGUCUGAUGACAAUAUUUUAAGUUUUAUUUAGGACAGUGAAUGGCAGAAUUAGUAGAGUGCCUGACUAAAUACCGUCCGAUGUUUAGUUACGUCCCUUUACAGACUGAAUUAAAAUUCUGCUGGGGUCAAUAAAAUAAGUACCAGUAAUAAAUUAAAUGUUGGUUACAUCAUUUAUAAUUCUCUAAAAAUCUAUAGUUUGUGUCAAGGUAAAAAUACCAAUUUUUUAAUAUUGUUUAAAUCUACAUAACAUUAUGUUAUAGUAAAUAGUGAUAUAUUCCUACUUCAGCAAAAACAAUUUGAACAUAAAAAAAAUGACUCGUUAUUUGAAUUUCAUAAAAAAAUAGUUGUAGUUUAGGUAAAAAAUUUUGGAUGUAAAAGAAAAAAUCAGUCUUAGAGAAAAUUGCAAAAUUGUUCUUUAUUAAUUUUAGCAUCUGUAAAAAAGAAAGAAAAGCCUUUUACUUUAACUAAAUUAUAUUAUAGUGAAUAAGCGAUAAGAGAAAAUUCUAUUCCAGUUAGAGGUAAAGAAGUACAAAUGAAAAUAAAAAAGUUAGUUUUCUGUUAUAGUUUUAAAUGUGACAAAACUAUUUAAAACUAGAAGACUAAGAUCUUCUUAUCUGUUCUAAGAUGAGUUUCCUGCUAUGGCAAACUCUUUUCUUAUUCAUUUAAUGUCUCACAACUGUUACAUGACUUAAAGCAAAUUAUUUUUUUUGAAACUCAUUUCAAACAGAUUAUUAUUAUUAUUAUUAUGUGAUAAUUUCAAUUAAUGACAAAACUACUUUAAAAGACUUUUCAAUUGUAGCCUAACUGAUUUCAGUAAAAAUAAGUAAAAUGAGCAAAUAUAUUUCAGUUAUAAGAAGAAUGAUCUUUAUAAACAAAAGUGUUUCUUUAGAGAUUCUGAUAAAAAAAACAAAAACAAACAAAAAAAAAAAACAAUAAAAACAGCCCCUCUAAAAUUAAAUUACUUAUUGAAGAGCUAUUCUCAUAAAAAAUUUAAUAUGACAUAGAAUUAACAUUACAUAUUUUUAAAAUAUCAAAGUUGUUAUUUUUAAAGAAAAUAAAAAGAACCAGUUUAAAAUGUCCUUGAGACAAAUAUUUGUCACACUGUAUAACAUUAGGUUUAUUGGAAGCCAUUUCAUAAUGGAUUCUGCCAGGAGGAACAAACACAGACAUUUUUCUUCCUAAUUUUUUUUUUUUUUUUUUUAACAUCUGAAUUUCAUCUGAUUAUUUCCUUGGAUUCAUAUAUCGACAGUAUUGUGAUUGUGUGCUUUGAUUGAUGUUGUUCAUCUUUCUUUUUUCUUUUUUUGGGGAAUUUCCAUUUUUCUAUGGUAGUAGGCUAAAAAAAUUCUUCAAGCAAUUUUGCAUGACAUAGUCUAAAGGUUAUUAAAAUUUUCUAUUGGAACAUCUAAUAUUUACCUUUUUGAUAAUUCCAGCUUAUGCCUUGUUAUUGAUUUUAUCUCAGACUGCUUAAAAGUUUUAUACUAUCUAUACUAUAUUAAAGCUAGCAAGCAAAAACUUGUAAUAACAUUUAGCCAACUACAUAGUUUUCAAUGAAAACUUUUUCUAUAUUUUACGGGUGUGCUUUAGGUUAGAAAUGUCUUUUACUCUCAUGGUUGUCUGCUUAGUUUUGUGGUAUCUAACUGUAUUUGUAGGAAGUACACUAUUCUUUAGAUACAGCUUUUUUUUAAAGUUUGCUAAUAUAUUUGAUACUAAAUUUUUUACUGGAAGAUUUAUAAUACCUUUGCAUAACAACAUAUUGUGUCUUCACAUUUAAAUUUGGUUUGUUUUACAGUAAAUAAACUGGUAAUUUAAUAAAAUUAAAUUAACUUGUUGAUUAUGUUAGAAAUAAUUUAGGGAAAAAAAGGACUUCCUUUGAUGUAGUCAUCAAAAAACAUGUAGAAAUUUAAAUUAGGAUUAUUAAUGAAAGUAAAUUAGAUAAUUUUAGAUAAAUGGAAUUUGAUUUUAGUUAGUUACCCAUUUGAUUGAACAAAGUAAGUAUUCUUCAGUAUUAUUUGUUUCUAAAUAUGAAAAUAACUUCCUUUAUUUCAUAUCUGUGUUUACCAUUUUUAGUAUAUAUAUAUAUAAUGCUAAAUAUUACCUGAAGUAUGAGUUACAGAUCUAUUCUCUCUUUCGUGUUCUUAUUUCUAAAUAAAAGGCAGGUUUAUUUUGACCAAGCAUGAACACUAAGACUUUUCUACUUGAUGGCAUAUUUGCAAGUAAUUCUGUUAGAAUUUUAUCAACUGACUUUUAAAAUUUCAGAAAUUUGAUAUUACACUCUUGUGCAAUAUCAAAUCAAAAACUGAUUCCUCUUUUAUAUUUUAGCAAAAGACCAAUUUUCCAAAUGAGAUUAAAUAUCAAAAUAAUUUGUAUAUAUCACAGUCCUAUUUGGAUGUGAUUUGCCUUAAUUUAGUCUAUUAAAAGAAUCUUUGAAUUAAAUUCUUCCUAUAUAAAAUUCCCAUAUAUGAAAAACAUAAACUUAUUAUGAAUGUUUCUAGCAGAUGGACAUAUUUCUGUUUCGAAAUGCCAGAAUUAUUACUAAAAUAGGUUUGAUUGAUAGACCAGAAAAAGCUUCAGUCUAUAUUAAUUAUGUUCUGAGCUAUUAGCAUCUGAUAGAAUAUUUGGUAGUUUUUAGCUUAAAUAUAUAUUAUACGAUUUAAUAUUAUUCUUUUGUAUACUAUGCUUCCAUAGUAAGUGUUCUUUAAAUAGUAAUGAAUUAUGAUUUUAAAAAGAAAAAUCAUUAAAAACGUGUGUCUUUAAUUAUCAGCCAAUGAAAACUUAUUUUAAUUUUUGUUUGUUUAUUCUAAGAAUAUUUUGAGAAGUCAUUAUUUCUAUAGUGAAGUUAUAAAUUAUUAAUUUAUUAUUAGAUACAAGUUGUUCAAAGAAAUAAUUUCUAUACAUUGAAUCUAAAUGAAUACUUAGAAAGAAAACAAGUAUCAUCAUCUGUUUUUCUUUCUGAUUACAUCUUAUAUAUUCAAUAUUCAUAUCUACACUGAAUGCAUUACAUUGUACUUCAGUUAUAAAACAUAUCAGAAAAGCGUAUUUAUUUCUUACCUAUAGUGAAAUUAAUCAAGUUUUUAGUACAUGCUCCAUAGAUUUUAUUAAACAUUGAACUAAUUCUUAUACUUUGUUUUUAUCUUUGCUUCCUAAGAAUUUAUAUUUAUUAUAUCUUAAAAUAUCAAAGUAUAAAGUAUGGUGGGGGUAUCCUACAAAAAACAAAAAGAAAAGAAAAUUAGUGAACAUGUAAUUAUAUUUAAAAAAUGGAUAAAUGAACGAAUACAUCUGUUAAAUAAUGUUUAACAUUUCACAAUAAUUACUGUUGUUUUCUUAAAAUCACACACCCGACACCAUCACUAUUUUGCUUAAUUUAGAUAUCCUUAAACAAGUUAUGUUUUGAUGUACAAAAUAUCAUAUAAAGCCUGUAGCCAGAUAUUGAAAAAGGAAAAAUGAAAAUAAAAAUAACCACUGAAUAGUAAAUAAACACAGAGCAUGGAGGGUAGCUUUUAUUUUAGAUUGAGAUUUAAGGAUUCACAUAUGCACACACACUCACACACAAUACAUGUCUUCAAGAAGAAGCCUUUUCAGUAACAAUAACUAGAUGAUGAUUUAUUUAAAAAAAAUUUGGGACAGGCUAAUUUUGACAUUAACCAUUUGAUAGUAUUACUUGUAAUUAAAGAUGAUUUUGACUGCAUACAAAUGCACACACACACACUCUCGCUCUCUCUAUCUCUCUUGCACACAGAUGCAUGCAUACAGAAAAGGGUGUAUUAUUAAUUCUUAGUGAUGAUGGUGACGAUGAUAUGGCUUAUUUAAUUUGUCUUUUAUUUGAAUGACAUCUGUUAAAUGAAAAUAUUUCAUUAUUAUAACGAAGUGUAUUUCAUUUGGAUCUUUUUUGUUGGAUCACUCAGACAUUAUUAUUUUUUAACUAAAGAAUUAGGAGAAAUCUGUUGAUGAGUAAAGCAGAUAUUGAUGGGUAAAAUUGGUGAGUGAAUAAGUUCUUGAAUUCCUCUCACUGAACAGUGCUUGUAGUUAUCUGCAGCUAUUGCAUUCUGUUCUUAGAUAAGAUCCUUACCUCCAUUUGCCUAUUGUGUAAGAAUUCUAGAACUGAUCUCAAUCAUCAUCAUUAAUAUAAUGCAUCAAAACUUUUUCACAAAAUCAACAUGCCUACAUAGGUACUUACAAAUAUUAUUAUUAUUUCACUUGUGACAAAAAAAAAAAUCAUUAUUAUCAUUAUCCUUCUGAGGGCAUUCAUGCUUUUCGUUCCCUCCAGGGUUGAUAAAAUAAUUAUCAGUUGGAUACUGGGGUUAAUGUAAUUGACUAACUUCUUCCCCUAAAUUGCUGGCCUUGUGCCAAAAUUUGAAACUAUUGUUAUUAUAGUUGUUAUUAAGAAGACGACAGUGAGCUGGCAGAAUUGUUAGCAUUCUGGACGAAAUGCUUAAUAACAUAACAUCUUAAUGUUCUAAGCUCAGUUUUUGCCAAGGUUGACUUUGUCCUUCAUCCUUUCGGGGUCGAUAAAAUAAGAACACUGGAGUUGAUGUAAUCAACUUACCCUCUCCUCUGAAACUGCUGACCUUACGGCCAAAAGUUUGAAACCAUUAUCAUCAUCAUUAUUAUUAUUAUUGUAGUGCUCAAAGUAUUACAGCAGUGGGUAAAAUGCUGAGCAGUAUUUAAGUUACAUAUUGAGACUCAAAGCAGGCUUUUGAGGUUGAUAAAAGAACUAUCAGUCAAACACUGGGGUUGAUUUACUCAACUACACACUCCCACGAAACUCAUUGCAUUUAUGCAAAUGAAGCAACUCUGCAAGCCUGUGUGUAUUUUCUGCUCAAGUUGGUCCAGCAACAUUGGAAGUAACCUUGGAAAAGCCUGGCUCUUACAAUUAGCUCUUUCUUCUCUAGAAUUCAGAGACUGUCUCUAUGAGAAACGAUAAUAGCUAUAUCAUCCUCCUCAUCAUCACUACUACUACUACUACUACUACUGCUGCUGCUACUACUACUACUACUACUACUACUACUACUACUACUACUACUAAUAAUAAUAAUAAUAAUAAUAAUAAUGAUAGUAAUACUUCUUCAGGAAUUUCAGGCUUCUUUUCCUUUUCGUUUUAGCAUUGUUAUAAGUAUUUUUUUUUCUUAUUUGAAGGUAUUUUUUUAGCAUACACUCAUACACUGACAACCAUACACAUAAAUACACUGACACCUAUAUACUCUCUCUCUCUCUCUCUCUCAUACACUUUCAUACACUGGCACUUGUACGCUUACAUACACUGACAUUCAUACACAACACCACAAUGGUAGAUAAAUUGAAAUUAUUUUUUUUGUCGAUUGAUAUCUUUGUAUUUCUAUUUUUGUUUUAUCUGUGAUUGAUUAGAACCCUCAUGAUGUAACCCAUAUCUCCUUCCAUUAUUCUUACCAUAACUCAGCCCACAAAAACCUCAUCUUUAAUAACAUUUGUAACAACAAAAAUAAAAAAAAAACAAAACAAACCAAAAAAAAAAACAACAAGAGAUAAAAACUCCGUACUCUCUCCCUCCACAGAACUCUGUCACUCUGGAAUUGCCUUCCUGAAUAUGUUUUUCCAUUUAAUUGCCAACUUUCAAACAAUUAAAAAUUAAACAUCAACCAUGCACUAAUUUCACCCAGUUAUCCUUAUACCUCCAAGUGGUCCAUGAAGUCUUUAAUUUAAAAAAAAAAAAAUUACUAAAGGACUA